CUAAUUCUUAUUGUCUAUCAUUAGUCUGAAUGCAAGACUGGAAAGAUUAACAGGAACAUUAUCUUUUCAUCACUCUGUUACUCAUACUGCAAGAAGAAAAAAGACACUAGUGACUCCACCCCCAUUUACAGUAUAUUUAUACAGUGUUUUGCCAUGAGAAAUCAAUGUCAUCUUCAUCAUGACCAUCAUCAUCUCUCUGCUCCUGCUGGCCUCUCUGCUGCCACACCUGACCUUCACUGCUCAUGUGAAUGUGGGUAUAGUGAACGGCACAGAAGCCAUACCGCACUCCAGACCUUACAUGGUUUCUCUUCAGAAGAACAGGGAACAUAUCUGCGGUGGAUUCCUCAUUUCUGAUCAGUUUGUCUUGACUGCCGCACAUUGCAGGAACGGAAAAGAGGUUCUGACGGUUGUGGUUGGUGCUCAUGACUUAAGCAAGAGUUCAGAUCGUAUCGAUGUGCUGUCCUACGAACCGCAUCCAGACUAUAUAUUCAGUCCUUAUCGGAAUGACAUCAUGCUUUUGAAGUUACAGGAAAAAGUCGAACAAAAGAACAAUGUUAAAUCGAUAUCAUUACCAAAGAAAGGAGAAGACGUGGGAACAGAUACUGUCUGUAGUGUUGCCGGCUGGGGAGGAGAGAUGAUUAAUAGCCUACCGACUAAUCGUCUAAUGGAGGCAAAUGUGUCUAUAAUGAACAACACAAAAUGUAGCAAUAAAUGGGGAAAGUACUACUACAAAGAAUCACAGAUGAUGUGCACAUAUGGCCCUGGUGGAUCCUGCCGUUAUGAUUCAGGAGGUCCUUUGGUUUGUGGAAACACUGCAGUUGGUGUCACAUCAUUUGCAUAUGAAAAGCUCUGCAAUUCACCUGACUAUCCUAAUGUGUAUACUAAGAUUUCACCAUAUCUUGAAUGGAUCGACAACAUAAUUAAUGUGAAGUGAGUUAAGUUCUUAAAUUCUUACAUAUGUAACUUUCAAUAAAGUAUCACAUGGCA